AUGCAAGUUCCGGAAUACUUCGUGUGCAACCCUGCGACCGACAAGAUCUGGGCAGUGCUGCCUGCGCUUGAUGUGCCAGAGCCUCAAGUUCCCUACAUCUACAUGGUGGGCCAACAUGUAACCUGGAGCUGCAAGUUCUGUUUGUGUUUCAACCCCGCCGUUCCCUCUCGCUUCGUGGUUUUCGCGUUCGUUGAGAGAGGCCACACCAUAGUGGCAGUAAGGGUCUACUCAUCCGAUACCGGAGAAUGGAUUUCCACAGAGAGCGGUGGCCAUAUCGUGGCAUAUGGUGUGGACACGGACGGGGAUACUUGGAGGAGAAUUCCAAUGCCACCCGAAGCUCAUUUUUCUUUCAUUGGGCACUCUCAGGGACACUUAUACGGUAUGGGCAUAGAGCAUGUUAAUGAUUGCGUGCUAUCGGUUUGGGCUCUCAAGGAUUAUCCCAGUGGAAAGUGGACCUUAAAACAUACUGCCAGCAUCUUGAAACUGCUAGGAAGGUCUUAUCGUGAGCUCGGUGAACAAUAUAUGGUGGCUGCGGUCCAUCCAGAAUGUAACCUGAUCUUCCUUGUUGGUUGGAUGAGAUCGCAAGAGACACUUAUGUCGUAUGAUAUGGAUAGUCAGAAACUGAACGUUAUCUGCACUCUUGACGAUUACCACAUGUCAACGCUCCGACCUUACAUUCCCUGCUUUGCGGAAUGGCCGCCGUCAGAUGCUCACUGA